AUGAAAAGGCCGAUGGAAGAUGAAUCUGACGAGUGGGCCCUUUUUGGUGAUGCCCCAGUGGCUCCUGUUGCCAGUGUUCCUACCUCUUGUGGAGUCGGUGGCGUUGCUGCGUCGGAGCAUCCCUACUUCAAGAAACGCAUCUUUGAGGAUGAGGCUCUGAAGGAUGCCCUGGAUGAAUAUGUUCCAACCGCCUGCGACCUUUUGAUGAUGGACCCUGAGGGCCGCCAUGCUUCAGCUCUGCUACUGGACGCCGCCCGGGCCUUUGAUGCUGGGCACCUGGAGCACUGCGCCGCUGCCGCGUCGAAAUGUGCUGCUGCUGCCUGGCAGCUGCUGCAGGGAACCCCCACCGAGGCGGUGUUACACGCGCACGCCUUGGCGCAUGCCAUGCUGGCAGCGAUUGAAACUGAUAAGCAAAAAGCUAUGCUUCAUGCAGACCUGUCACUGUCGCUGUGCCCAGAUCUUCCUAUUGCUGCUGUGCAUACGGUGAUGCAGACCUGCAACCAACGCUGUCAGAAUAUGGAGGUAACUUUGGAGGAUGGCUUGGCAUGGGAAGUCCCAAGGAGUCUGCCAGCAUCGGCGAAAACGCCAGAGGUGCGAAAGCCUAUCAGCCGUUUGGCGUGUUCAAAUCUCACUGUGAUGAGUUUCAGAGACAGCUUUCUGAAGCUCCAGCAGCCUGGCGUGAUCGAAGGUCACUUGGCAGCGGCUGGAUGGAGUGUUGAAAGGUGGAACGACCUGAGAUUCUGGGCCGGUCGUCAUGGGCACAGGACCGUGCCAAUUGAGAUGGGCUUUAGCGAAAAUGAUGAACAAAGUGUAGCACUCCAACACUCGGCUUCUGAAGGAAGUAUGAGGCUCAAGGACUUCGUAAUGAGAUUCCUAUUGCCCUCCAACACUGUUCUUAAGAACGGAGGCCAAGGGGCUUCACAUGAAGCCAUUGAUGAGUGGUCUGCUUCGGAGGUAGCCUACAUGGCGCAACAUCAGUUGCUUCUGCAAAUUCCAGAGCUGCGGAGCGAUAUUCUUAUUCCCCACUAUUGUGCUCUAGGAGAGCUCCAAACUCUGAAUGUUUGGAUGGGGACUGCUGGAACGGUCACCGCUUUGCAUUACGACUUGGAUGACAACUUUCUUGUGCAAGUGGCGGGCUACAAGUACUUGCGCCUGUAUAGCCCAGAAGAGGGAGAGCGGCUCUACGCAAAAGACGCCCCGCGAGAUCGGCAGAAAAAACAUGGUGCUUCCUAUUCACCGGUUCGAGUGGAACAUCCUGACCUGGAGGUUCACCCUGCCUUUGCAAAUGCUGUCUUUGUGGAGACCAUUUUGGGACCAGGCGACAUGCUCUUCAUUCCAAAACGAUGGUGGCACUACGUGCGAUCGCUCACCACAUCGAUUUCAGUGAAUUUUUGGUCGGCCCUGAAACUGGCCACGAAGGCAUUGUCGACGCUGGGGCGUCAAAGUCAAUGGCAGAGAGUAUCGAGGGAACUGCUGCAGCUGCAAUCUCAAGCUAUUCCAUUGGACACCUUUGUCUGCAAUGCUGCAAUCAUUGCUUUUGGCAAAGGUUUGCAGUGGGAGAGAGCUUUGAACAUGUUGGAUGACAUGCAGCAGCAGGACAUCCUUCCGAACGUGGUGAGUUUCAGCGCUACGCUGGGUGCCUGUGCGAAAAGCACCCAGUGGUCCUCUGCUUGGGCGCUCCUGGGUUGCAUGUCCCGCUGUCAGCUGGUCGCAGACGUGCGCAGCUAUUCCGAUGUCAUCCGUGCAAGUGCCAAAAGCAGCGAGUGGGCCCUGGCAACAAGGCUAUUAGGAGAAAUGGAGAAGGAGGCGUGUUUGCCAGACCUCAUCACCUUCAGCGCGGCAAUCUGCGAAGAUACUCCAUGGCCUCAGGCUCUUGGAGUUUUGCACCGUAUGGGGCAGCUCUCAGUUCAACCAAAUGCUGUGACGUUUAGUAGCCUCACCACAGCAAUGCUGAGUGCACGCGAGUGGCAAAUGGCGCGGGAGCUCUUUUCAUGCCUGAAAGAUCAUUCUGAAGAUGCUGCGCUGGAUGUUGUUGCAUACAGUGCAGCCAUCAGUGCCAGUGCAUUGGGAGCUCAAUGGGAAGAUGCCAUAGCCCUGUGCGCAGACCUGCGGACAGGGCGCCUGUCGCCAGAUGUGAUUUGCUACAAUGCAAUCAUCCAGGCGUGUGGGGAGGGCCAGCAGUGGCGUUUGGCCAUCCAAGCUUUGGCGAAUUUGCAGCUGGCUGGGCUGAAGCCCAGCCAGAUAAGCUUUAACACUGCAAUCUCCUCCUGUAGCCGCUGUGGCGAGUGGCCAGCCGCGUUGGCGAUUUUCCAGGGUGCCCAACAUCAGAUUGCUGCGGAUGUGCUGGCGUUGAAUGGGAUCUUGAGUGCUUUUGAGAAGCAUGGCUUGUGGACCAUGGGGCUGGAUUUACUGGAGCAGAUCGGAGGGCAUCUGGUGCCCGACGUGUUCACCUACAACACUCUCAUCAGUGCAUGUGGGAGAAGUGACGAUUGGCAGCAGGCCUUAGAAAUGCUCAGCUGGAUGGAGAGGGGCCAGGUGCAGGCCGAUGAGAUCACCUUCAGCUCGGCCAUCAGCGCCUGUGGUCGCGGUCUGCAGUGGCUGCAGUCGCUGAUGCUGCUGCAGCACAUGCAGCAGGAACUGUCAACCAGCCUCACUGCCUUUGGUGCAGCCAUCACUGCGUGUGAAGAACUCGGGCUUUGGCGCCAAUGCCUGCAGUUGUUGGCUGCUGCACGGGCAGCAGAUGCAGUGAAUAUCGUGGUGCUCAAUGCUGCCAUCAGCACGUGCGGGAAAGGUCGACAGUGGCAGAGAGCCAUGCGCCUUUUGAUGGACGCAGAGGUGGCCAAUGUCAUCGGAUAUAAUUCAGUACUUGCAGCUGGGCAGCUGCAGAUGGAAUGGAGGAUUGUGCUGGAUCUUCUGCAACAGAUGCUUCAGCGAGAUCUUUCGCCAGAUGCCAUCAGCUUUGGCGCUGGCAUCAGCGCUUGCACCCUAGGCACCGAGAAAAAACAUCAACACACUGGCAGUUCAUCACAGCGUUGCAUGUGCGACCGCCACGGCAGUCGGACCACAGUGACCUCCAGGUGGCGCGGCAACGCUUGCGCAAUCCUUCCUUGGUCAACUGCAGCUCCAAGUGGACUCAACCAUCAGCCAUCGCCUGCCAUGGACCCACCACCACAACCUCCACCACCUCCACCCCCAGGCAAAGAGGCGCCAGAUGGCAUGCCAUAUGGAGGGGCGCCUGGGGGUUUUGAUGGCCCACCUGGCUAUGGAGGCAAUGGUGGCUACUACCCUCCACCGGAAGGGUAUGGCUAUCCACCCCCUGGAGGCUAUCCAGCUGGUUAUCCGCCUGCGAACUAUCCACCAGGAUAUGGGGGCUACGGCUAUGAUGGAAAAGGAGCCCCACCUCCACCACCGCAUGCAGGGCAAGGUGCACCCAACUAUGGCCCUGGAUUUCAUGACAUGUAUGGUGGUGGCUACCCGCCUCCAAGUUACGGUGGAAGUUACGGUAGCUUUGAUGGCAAGGGCCACGAGCGGCGCGACGUCCGGGACGAGCGCGACGGAAGGGGCAGCUACGACGGCAAGGGCCGACGGGAGCGGAGUCGAGAUUUUGACCGAAGGGAUGGAAGAAGGGAUGACAGAGAAGACGAUCGAAGGAGGGACUAUGACAGAGGUGGUAGAAGAGAAGGAAAGGGUGGAUUUGAAGGCUUUGGCCGGGGGGUUCCGUUGCCGGAGCCUGUGGAACUGCAGCUGAAGGGGUUGCCAAUGGACGCAUCCGAGCCCGCACUUCGCAGCCUCUUCAAUUCGAAGGGCCUUCAGUUCGACUCUGUCCAAUUCACCAUGAGCGCCAUUGUGAAAGUCUCGGGACAUGCAUUGGCAGACCAGGUUAUCAGCACCUUCCACAAUCUCCCGGUUGCGGGAAGGCCCAUCGAGUGUUUCCGACUGGAGGAAGCUUCCCGCAGCCGACCGCGGAGCAGGAGAAGGGAACGGAGCCACAGCCCACCGCGACGUGAGCGUUCGCCGCCUCCGCGUGAGCGCCGCGAGCGCAGCCAGCGCAGCCGGACACCGCCUCGAGGUGGAGGCCGGGAGAGAAGCCGCAGUCGUCGGCGAAAUGACUGGGGAGACAAAGGAGGUGGAAGGGGUGGUGGAGGUGGAUUCCGCGAUGAUGGUGGCCGCUCCAGAGGAGCCAUCCUGAAGUAUGAUGAAGAAAAGGGUUUUGGCUUCAUCAAGCCUGACCGUGGAAGUGAGGCAGGUGACAUCUUCGUCCACUUCUCGAGCUUGCCCCGGGACUACCAGCGAGGUGGUAACAGCGUGCUACAGCCAGGGGACAGGGUCACUUAUGAUCAUGAAAUUGACCAAAAGAAGGGUAAGCCCUGUGCGAAGAAUGUGCAGAUGGAAGGUGGUGCUGGAGGUGGUGGAGCAAGCUAUGGACAACGUGGUGGUUGGGGUGGUGGUAGCGGUGGCGGUGGUGGCGGACGUUCACAGGGAAGUGUCAGCAAUUGGGACGGAGAGAAGGGCUUCGGAUUUAUCGCUCCUGAUGGUGGCGACAAAGAUUUGUUUGUUCACUUCUCAUCGCUGCCUCGCAGCUACCAGCGCGGAGGCGACUGCACCCUGCAGGCUGGAGAUCGCGUGAGCUUUGACAUCGAGUUCGAUGAUCGAAAGGGCAAGAACUGCGCCAAGAAUGUGCAGGUGCAAGGAGGUGGAGGAGGUGGAGGUGGAGGAGGUGGAGGCGGUGGAUUUCCGAAAGGUGACAAAGGUAGUAAAGGUGGUGGCAAAGGUGGUGGGGCCGGCGAAGGAAGCAGGAGCAUCAUGUCAGCAGAAAGACGCAAGCAGCUCUUCGACGGUCCAAGCGAGUCCCCUUCGCCCCCACGGAGACAGCAACGGUUUGCCAGUCGUGGGAGCAGCAGGGGCUCACGGUCACCACCACCCAGAAGGCCGCCAUCAGGCUUCAGCAACGCCGAGCCUGGCAACUCUACAGGCUUUGGAGAAGGCAGACCUCCAAGUGAUGGUGGGCCAGCAAAUGCAGACGGUUCAUAUGGAAGGUAAGACAGACAUUAGAACAAUCCUC